GUAGUAGUAGCAGUCAACGGUGUCCAGGCAUCGCAACGCUUAGGAGGCAUACAGAACAUCGAGAUCCGUUCUUCAUCCGACGCGCUGAUUACGGUGCAUCACGCAGCCGCGUUACGGAGCGGAUCUCCUAUCCGCAGCAUCCUCCUCGUUGAGCGUCGCCGCGGCUACGUAGGCGGAUAAUUAUCAACCGGAAAUACGUUAGGAAGUCAAUCAAGCUUGAUCCUCUGCUUGGCAUCCCUGUGGCAGAAUGAAGCUAUGCUGGAGUUUGGCCCUCGUGGCCGUCGCCUUGUUGAUGAUUCUUACGAAUGCGCGAGCGGAAGCUGAUCUGUGGGAGGAGGAUGACAAGGAGGUGCUUGUACGGACAGUACGUGGUACUAAGGAACGAACAUCCGGCAGCUCCUCGUCGUGCAGAUACGUAAAGGGUCAAUGGUCGGAAUGUGACUCAAAUACCAACACGCGGUCGCGCACUCUGAGCCUCAAGAAGGGCGACAAGUCCUGCGAGCAGACCAAGACUAUACAGAAGAAGUGUAAGAAAGCAUGCCGAUACGAGAAAGGCACGUGGAGCGGAUGCGCGAAUCAGAUGAUGACGAGAAUCGAUAAUUUGAAAGCGAACAGCGAUACAUCCUGCGAGAAGACGCGACGGCUCACCAAGAGGUGUAAACCAGAGACCAACACUAAGAAAUCUGCCAAAGGUGAUCGAUCGAACAAGAAAUCGGGCAAGCAGUAAUUAUCCGCCACACAAUCUCCAAUCAUUUCUUCUAAUCGGGCAACGAAAGCGCACUUUCAUCUCUACGAUCCCCCUACUUCUUUCGAUCCCUUUUCCUAUCGCUAAUUAAUUGCGAGGCAGAGCACAAAUUUGAAUCGAUCGUCGAUCGAAACGUUUAUCAUAUAUAUACUGCCUAGGAAUCAUUUGUAUUUUGGAUGCAGACGCGUACCGCGUAACUGUAAACCGUUUUCAAAGUGCGCUGCAGCCGUCGAUUAAUUACUGUUAAUAAUUACGGGAUACUGCAUAUAUACGUUUCGGUGAUCACAUCUGUUCUCGGCAGUAACUCGGUUAUUAACCCUUCCAAGGUUUCCUUGUGCUAUUACAUUACUAUUAAUUAGUAAUAAUUUAUAUAAGGUGUAUGUUGCGCGUUAAAUUUUGCGGUUUAAAUAUUUUGACAAUUUAAACUUUCGAGUAAAAACAUAUUAGAUUGGUUAUACCUAAUAAUAGGUCCGAGUUUGUAUGGAAAAUAUCAUGUUCGUAAGCGUAUGCCUGUCUCUUUCGAAGAGACUCUUCUAUCUAACCCAUUGACAUAAUUUGCAACGAGUUCCCCUGUUAGAGGAGUUAUUGAUCGCAUAAACGUAUUCUAAAAAUGGACGAUGGCGAGAUCUUGGAGGGUUAAGCCGCGCAAUCAACCGAAGAAUUGAUUGGGAACCGAUACGUAACAUGUUCGAGAUGACGAAAGCUGAACAGGGCCGAUCGUCUAGCUAGACAUAUAGUGAUGCAGUUUGUGCAUUGAAUUUUCGCGAAUUUGACACUCGCAUUUCUCGAUGCGACAUUUUUUCAUGACUUGUGAAUUCGAAUAUUUAAAGACCUGUAAGGAUUCAGGAGUUAGCUUUCUUAGCGUAUUCUUGCAAAAUCUGCACCACUGGUUGUUUGAUUAAUGAGCGUAGCACACAUCGUAGAGCUCCCUGACAAGCAGCAGCCGCCAUUUCGGAGGUUCGCAAAGGAUAAGAUCAUCCGCCAAAGUUGUUCUCUCGUCUUCCCGCAGCGAUAUUAUAUUAUUAUUAAUAUUAUUAAUAUUAUUGUUUAUCACACAAGAAGCAGCAGCGACCCCCAUUUGGCUUAGCUGCUGAUCCACUUAAAAUCAUGUACAAUAUUUGUCAUACUAAACAGCUUUCAUUCGAUUGUCACAUAAAUAUACAAUGUUCGGUGUUCAAAGUAACUGUGUCCUGUAUCAUAUAACAUGCGCGAGAUAUUCCGACAAUUAUUACGCCGUCGCGAAGGUUCAUCAGUUUAAACAAGGAUGCUCGA